AUGGCUGAAUUAGCGGCAAAACGUGCCGAACAACUUGAACUUCAACUUUUCGGAUCUGUAGCCAAAUCUGACUCCGAAUCCGAGCCAGAAUCCGAUCGAUCCGGAAGCUCAGAUGACGAGGAAGAAGAACGACCGAAAAAGCGAGCCAAAAAGGAAAAAACGAAGAAAGAAUUGCCAAAAGAAGAAAAGAAGGACACUGAGUGCGUGUGGAACGAUGAGGACGACGAAGAUAUUGCGUUGAGCACGGCGUUCAUCAGAGAAAAUGCACCAGGAUUGUUGACGGGGAAAGACUUGACUCAAAAGGAGAAAUUGGAGGUAAUAUUGAAAUUUUUGAGUUUUUGUUGGAAGUUUAGGUAAUAAUGAAGGGAGAUAAAAAGAAUAUGAACGAAGAAGGGUCUAAAAUCAUGUUUUGAAAAAAUUUUUUUGAAAACUGCACUGUGCAAUCAUAAAAUUUUGAAUUUUGCACUGAGCAGAGCAAUUUUUACAAAUUUUUUUUGAAUAAUAAGAAAAUAGAUCAAAAAUAUUAACUUUUUUAAAGAAUAAUGAACAUGUUUUUUAGAAAUACUCAUCAGAGAUCCGUGAUCAAUUUAUAGAGCGUGCAAAGCUUGGUCAGAAGCCGGAAUGGUUGUUGAAGGCCGAAGAAGAAGCCACGAAGGAAGAUGAAGAUUCGGAUGAUGAUGAAGCUCUUCAAGGUCUUUUUGGUCUUCAGAAAACGGCUUCGAAAUACGUUACAAAAUCUGCUACCUUACCGAGGACAUACCUUCAGUGUACUAAGCUUUUGGACCCUACAACUGCUAGUAGGAGAGAUGUAAGGGGAUUGUGUUAGGUUGUUCAAAUAAUUCUGCGCUCUCUUUCAACGCAGAUUUUUUUUGGGGGAGAGGCUCAGAAUUAUUUGAACAACUUAUAAUUGAAAAUUUAUAUUUUUAGGAGAAAUUUUGCUAUUUUUAGCCUUAAAAGUUCUAUUUUAGUCUAUUAUUCAGCUUUUGGUCCUUGUUUUAGCAAAGAACACCUUAUUUUAGUAUACAUAUUUAUCAAAGUUUUUAUGUGUUAAAAACAAUUUUUGGCAUUUUUAGGGUAAAAAGCUAAAAUCCGUUCUAUUCCACCCAACAGAACCAGUACUUGUGACAGCUAAUACAUGUGGUAAUGUUCAAUUAUACCGAGUGGCCAGAUCAGUAAAGGAUCUUCAGAAACCGGCUGACAAUCCAUUUUUGCAAGAAUUCAAAGUUAAGGGAUUGAAUGUGGAUUCAAUUGGCUUCUAUGACGAUGGUACUGCUUUGUUCUUGAGUUCGAACCGAAAUGUGGGUUAAUAUUAUUUAAAUUAAUAGAUUUUUAAAGGCUUUGGUUUGAAUUGCUGUUUGUUUUUAAACAACGAAAAGUGUAUCUGUUGAUUAAAAAUGAUUUUUUAUUGUUUUAGGAGUUCUUCUAUCAAUAUAAUCUAAUGGAUGGGCAUGUUGAUCAACAUUUAUAUCCCAAAAGUGAGUUUUUAAAAUUUUUUGUUUGAAAAUUUAUUUUUUUAAUGGUAAAUGGUAUAGAACGGUGCUUAACGUUAAUUUUAUCUAAAAUUGUAGGUAGAAAGAUCAAUUUGAUAGUCAGUAGUUUUUUUUUUGAAUUUAAUUUUAAUUUUUUAAAUUUUUAUGAAAUUUUAAACGAAGGUUGAGUAGAUGGGCAUGAAAGGGAUUAUUUUGAAUUUUUUUAAUUCAAAAAUAUUUUUCUAGAUCUCCAAAGAGAAUGGAAGACCGGCCUUCGAUCUCGCCUCUCCUCCGACGGCGAAGCCGUCGCCUUCCUCGGCCAAAACGGCGAACUCUACGUCUUCCACAGAGCAACCAUGGAGCAUUUGCACACCUUUAUGGCAUCCUCACGACUAGCCGAUGCCACUUUCUCCCCAGUCGACCGGAACACAAUAAUCGGCGUCACAGAGACGGGGCAAGGCUACAUCUGGAAUCUAAAGGCGAAAGGAGAACAAAAAGUAUUUACGGAUCAGGGUGCGGUCAGAUGUAAAACCAUGAAAAUCAGCGAAAAUGGACAGUUCUUGGCGAUAGGACAAAACACAGGCAUUGUCAAUGUAUAUGAGAUGAAGACGGUGAAGGCUGAAGAGGAGCCGAAGCCGCUGUAUACGUUGACUAACUUGACUACUGCAGUUACCUUCUUGAAUUUCAAUUUGGAUUCACAAAUGUUGGCUUUUGGGUCGGAUGAAAAGGUAGGUAUGGAGAGGUUAUUCAUAGGUUUUGGGGAGGGGUGGGGGAUUCAAGGCCGGGGAGAGGAUUUAUGGCUAUUUUUUGGUUUUUUGCAAAUUUUAAAAGAUUAGGAUUUAAUUUUUUUAAUUUGAACAAAAAAAAACAUUUCAAAAAAUGUAAAAUAUGUCAUUAAUUUUCAAAAAAUGAAAUAAAAUUUAUAUUCCAACGUUUUUUUACCUAAAUCUACAAAAAUUAAUACUUUAUCAAAUUUACGUCAUCUUUUUUCAGCCAAUGCACUACAGAAUAGCCCAUCUUCAAUCAGGCACGGUUUUUAAGAAUUUUCCACCGAAAAAUGAAAUGUUGUCGAAGGAUGUCAUCACUUCGGCCUCAUUCUCACCACAUUCAGGCUUCGUAGCGUUCGGAACUAUGUCCGGCGGUGUGAGGCUCUACAGACUCAAUUACUUUGAUAUAUACUAG